UCCAAACAAAUCCUUUCUUUUAUAUUGCCGGCCGAGUCACUCCAGCUAGGGUUUUACGCACGACACCAAAACACAAGAGCAGCUUCAGAGUGAACCUCAGAUACGGACAUAACCACUGCGAAUAUGGCAGCUAGCAAUGGACCUCCACCGCCUCUACCGGAAGAAUCGGUGGCCUUAUUCAAGGAAGGGAUAUCUUUAAUAAUGUCCCGAUGGUCGGCUCUUCAAAUGGCCGUGGAGAACGAGUGGGGUGGUCGCGGCUCGCGUGCCAUCGCCGACCAGCUUUGCUCAGAUGUAUACUCCUGGUUUGCUCAGUCGAAAGAGACACUAUAUGUUGAUGACCUUGAGAACAUCCUUGAUGAAACUAUGCUUUCGCUCAACACCAUGGCUGAAGAUGGCAGCAUUGAGGAGGUGGCAGAAAAAUUGUUUAUCAUGCAUGAAGAAUGCUUGGAGGGUAAUUAUCAGUCUAUUCUAGAUCUGAGAGCAAGUAGUUCUCAAAUGGCAGCUUGUUCUCAUGUCAAACAGGCUCUGAAUGAUGAGGACGAUGAUAGCUCUGAUGAAGGUGAUGAUACGGCAGAUAUGAUGUUGGAUACACCACAAUCUGUGGCAAAACCGAGUUCAUCAAACACACCAACUGGUGAUACACCAUUGAGGGAGACAGCUGCAGAAGAUGGAUGGACAGUAGUUUCAUCUAGACGGGGCAGCAAGGGCAAAAAGAAUUAGGUUGAACCUCGCUCAUUCCCUUUUAUCUCUUGGGAACACUAUAUAAUCAAGUAGAUCCCCUCACGUUUUUUUGGCUGGUUCUUAAGGCAUUUUGGGUUGUUUGCUAUUUAUCUUUCCGUUACCUAAACAUAGCCCAGUUUUGUAGUCAAUGUGGCGCAGUAUAGAUUUCUUUGUACAUGAACCCAUAAUACAGCAUCAGAUUGUGUGUCUAAUUUUUUAUAUAUAAAUUUUCUUGAAAGGAUUAUAUUU